CGUUAGCUUUCCUCGUGUGAGGACGGAGCAGGAAGACGGUUGUGUUGUCGUCUCUCAGCUGAAUAUUUCAGUGUUUCAGCAACAAUGUCUUCAGUUCAGCAUCUGAGAGAGUUUAUCAGCGAGCGACUAACUGCUGCUGCUGAAGAAAUAUUCACAGAGUUUGAAAAAACCAUCGUCCAGUACGAAGAAGAGAUCGAUCGUCAGCGCAGACUGCUGGAUAUCACCUGGAAACCACAGAUAAAGUUAAUCAGAACAGAGGUUCUACAUCAAUAUGUCUACAAGGUGGAUGAAGCUCUUCAAGAUGACCAGCAGCUGUGCAAGCAGAACUCAAACCUGGACCAGGAGCAACCAGAGUCUGCUCGUAUUAAAGAGGAAGAGGAGGAACUCCUCAGCAGUCAGGAGGAAGAGCAGCUUUGGCUGAAGGAUGAAACUGAUCAGUUUUCAAUACCGGCUGCUCAUGAGGAAGAUGGUCACAGUGAUCCAGAACCAAACAGGGACCAUAUUCCCUCUUACAGUCCUCCUGCAGACCAACAUUCACCUUUAGAGGAAAGCAUGGUUGAAGACUCAGGACCAACAACGUGUGCAGAUACACAGCCAGAAAAGAGCUGUCUAACGGAGACAAAUGAGAACGUAGGAGAGUCCUUUCUGUUAGAAAGUCAUUGUAAUGAAAGAGAUGAGAAACAACAUUCCUGCAAGUUCUGUGGGAAACAAUUUAAAAUUAAAAGUAAGUUAAGUGUUCAUGUAAGAAUUCACACAGGAGAGAGACCGUACUCUUGUCAAAAUUGUGGGAAAUGUUUCACUCAAAAUACUUAUUUGGUGAACCACAUGACAACUCACACAGGAGAGAAGCCAUAUUCUUGUCAAACAUGUGGGAAAUGUUUCACUCAAAGUAGUUAUUUGGUGAACCACAUGAGAAUUCACACAGGGACCGGACUGCUCGUACAAGAGGGUCCGGCACUACUCCCAGAGUACCCCCCACAGGAGUCCCCAGGGGACACGGUCAAACGCCUUCACUAG